CUUUAUUUGUUCCUCUGUUCCAGCAAGUCUUAAUCACUUGGGACCACAUUCUCCAUGGCAUGAAACGCGGGCAAUGACUUGGGCCAGCCAGCCACAUCUAACCGCAUGAAGUGGCUUCUCUACAAAAGAUGGUAGCGAAACUCAAGCAGAACCUCUUGCUGGUCUGUCUGGUGAUUAGUUCAGUGACUGUCUUCUACUUGGGGCAACAUGCUAUGGAAUGCCAUCACCAAAUAGAGGAGCGAAGCCAACUGACCCGACUGGAGCCAGCCAAAGCAACCACAAGAACCAGCCAGAGCCCGAAGGAAAAUGCCACGCUGGCUUAUAACAAAGACAUGCCUUUAAUAUUUAUUGGGGGUGUACCCCGGAGUGGCACCACCUUGAUGCGGGCGAUGCUAGAUGCUCACCCGGACAUCCGCUGUGGAGAAGAGACACGGGUCAUUCCUCGGAUUUUGGCUGUCAAGCAGAUGUGGGCCCGAUCAAGCAAAGAGAAAAUGCGGCUCAAUGAAGCUGGUGUCACAGACGAGGUGUUGGACUCGGCCAUGCAGGCCUUCCUCUUGGAAAUUAUCGUGAAGCACGGGGAGCCAGCGCCUUACCUGUGCAACAAGGACCCCUUUGCCCUCAAGUCUUUAACUUACCUUGCCAGGAUUUUCCCCAAUGCCAAGUUUAUUUUAAUGGUCAGAGAUGGCCGAGCCUCCGUUCAUUCUAUGAUCUCCAGGAAGGUCACCAUUGCUGGCUUUGAUCUGAGUAGCUACAGGGAUUGCCUGACCAAAUGGAAUCGUGCCAUUGAGAUCAUGUAUAACCAGUGCUUGGAGGCUGGCCUUGACCGUUGCAUGAUGAUGUAUUAUGAGCAGCUGGUCUUGCACCCCGAGCAGUGGCUCAGGACGCUCCUAAAGUUCCUCCACAUCCCGUGGAAUCCUGCAGUUUUGCAUCACGAAGAAAUGAUUGGGAAAGCUGGGGGAGUGUCCCUAUCAAAGUGAGUCUGCUUCUUCCU